AUGAGCGAUUCCGCUCACUCUUUGAGCAACGAUCAGGAAGAAUAUCAGUUUGUCCGUGUACUCGGUCGAGGAGCUUUUGGCGAAGCAGCACUAUAUAGAAAAGCGGAAGAUAAUUCGCUAGUUGUGUGGAAGGAAAUUAAUUUACACAGAUCGAGUAAAAAUGUUGAAGAUAGCGCACUCCAUGAGAUCGAGAUUUUAUCUCUAUUAAAUCAUGACAAUAUUGUGACUUAUUACAACCACUAUAUUGAUGACGAAUCUCUCUUUAUCGAAAUGGAAUAUGCUAAUGGGGGAACAUUGCAUGAUAAAAUCAGAAUUCAAGAAAGUGGUCAACUCUUAGAUGAAGAAGUUGUUUUAUGGUAUUUCUAUCAGCUGGUUUCUGCUGUAGCUCAUAUUCACGAUUUUGACGUUAUACACAGGGAUAUCAAGACCUUGAAUAUCUUUCUGACAAAAUCAGAAAUUGUUAAAUUAGGAGAUUUUGGUAUAUCUAAAGUUUUAGAUGGCGAGAAUCGGUUAGCAACUUCUAUUGUUGGAACCCCUUAUUAUAUGUCGCCAGAAUUAGUCAGAGGAGAGCCAUACGACCUGAAAAGUGAUAUUUGGGCCGUUGGAUGUGUCUUAUACGAACUUUUAACUUUAUCGAAGACAUUUAAUGCCACGAAUCAAUUAAGACUUGCGGCUGAAAUUGUCCGAGGAGAAAUAAAAGACAUUAACGAAAAGUAUUCUGAAGAGAUAACCGAAUUAAUUCAUCUCUUACUACACAAAGAUCCUAAUCAACGCCCAUCAAUGAUGGAAACGCUUAAAAAUCCUUUAUUGUCAUCAAGAAGAGAGUAG